AUGCGGGCUUCCCGGUGGAUCUGGAUUGCUGCCACAUUCCUCACCUCGGCCGUCCACUCAACGGAGACAGCACCCUUCACCGAGGCACAAGAAGCCACAGCCAACAAACGAGCCUUCGAAAUUCUUCGCAUUCUCAGAAGAGCCGACAACAACUGCCCGGGCGGCUUCAUCCCCUGCACCGAACUGGGCAACGCCAACGCAUGCUGUAAGCACGGAACGAACUGCUCACGCGAUGACGCCAACAACAUCGCCUGCUGUGCGAGUGGUGCGAGCUGCACCGGCAGUCUGACAGGUACGAAGACGGCAGGUACAGGCACCGCCUUCAUGUUUCCUAACGCCGCAACCGCAACCCCCACUUCUGAGGGCCGGGCGGCGUCCGUCACCGGGUCGACACUGGACGGCGCAUACCCAUUUGUUGUCAUCCCGACCGCUUUCAGAAAUGCUGAGACUUGCUCAUCUUACUACUCCCUGUGUCAGUCUGGGUACACACAGUGCACUGGUGCGUUGAUGGGCCGUUACGGCGUCACUAUUGGUGGUGCUGGGGAAGGCAAGACGGUUCAGGCUGUCACGGCUGCGUCGCAGGCGACUUCCAUUUGCUCGAGCUUGAGUGCAGAUGCUUGCCAUGGUAUCAACUUAGGGUAUUGUGGCAGUGUUGCGACACAGACUGGCGAUGCGGAUGCAGCUGGGAAUGAUGCCUCCCCUGCGCGGAUGUCGAGUCUCCAUGAUCUGGUCUUUGGGCUGGCAGUUGGGGUUGCGGGGAUGUUUAUAUGA